AUGGAAAAAUCAGUCGAGUCUCCCCUUCUGACGUAAAUAUUUAACGUUUUGUACCUUCCUAAUCAAAUUUGUAAUCCUGAUUAUUGUGUUCAUGUUCUAAUAAUUAACUGUUGAUUUGAUUAAUUGUUAAUUCCAGAAAUAGCUUAAUCCCCCUGAGAUCAUGAAUUGAAGUGAGUUUGGACUGGUCACUGCAGCCGAUCAGGGCUCAACAGCUCCGACCUCCUACUGAAAACAUUGACAGAAAAGUCAUGGAAGAAGGAUAUCAUUCCAUAAACACUGUCAGAAAAGAUAUCGAACCAAACGGCGUGCCAAACGAGGGGGACAGCACAAGAAAAGCAAUGUUACUCUCACGAUGCUGUGCGUUACUUUGUGUUGGUCUUGCUGUAGUAGAUUGGGUGGUAUUAGCUGAAAUAAUACAGAAGUUACAGGAACCCGAUGAACACGGGGAAUCGUAUAGCAAGCCCAUGUUUCUGUGUUUCUGUAUACGAACGACUUACAUGAUAUCUUUUAUACCCUACGUAGUGUGGAAGUACACUCCACUAGGAGGACAGGGUCGGCACGAUCAGGAACCCUUCUCUAAAGGCUACAUGUUCACACGUGCGUGUGUACUGAAUGUACUGGGAUACAUAUCCGGGUACACGUGGUACAUGAGCCUCCCUAUCACUAGCGUAUCAGCAAACACCGCUAUCUACAUGUGCGCAUGUGCCGCGGUAUUCAUUAUCUCUAUCCCGGUGCUCCGAGAGAAGAUAACAAUAAUUAAGGUGAUGUCGCUACUGAUAUGCUGUACAGGUAUAUUACUUGUCUCCAUAUUCUCUGCCCCACACGCAGCUGACAUUAAACCCACUACUACCUUUACUGAUAACUUACUGGAUGUACAUUCUCCAGACACAAACAAGGGAUCUGUACUGGGAUAUGUUUUGGUGCUGAUAUCGAUGUUCAUGUACGCUAGUUACGAGGUAUUCUACGGAUAUCUGCUGCAGACGGAUCAAGAUAAGCACCCUGCCAUGACAUCUCUGCAACUUGUGGGCUAUUUGGGUGUCACUACUCCAGUUAUUUUCGGACUGGCGUUACCAAUCUGGCAUUUUACUGGAUGGGAGACGCUGAUGCUGCCUCCAGCGGAUAAAGUAUACCUAUUUUUCAUCUGUCUCGUAGUCGAUGCUAUCUUCAAUAUCCUCCUACUGCUGGCAAUAGCCCUGUCUAACCCGACCCUUGCUAGUGUUGGUCAGUCGCUGGCGUUGCCGGCCAGCAUGGUGGCAGAUCUCCUCCUUCACCACUUCCUGAUGCCAUGGCCUGCUCUGAUCGGAGCAGGUUGUGUUUUCUGCGGCUUCUGUGGUUUUGUAUACGAGGAAUUGCGGCAUGGUAACAGUCACAGCUCGAAUCCAGAAGUGACUACCGAAGACAGACGGGCCCUACUGAACGGCGAAGAAUCUCCAGAGCCAUACGCUGAAUCUUCGUUAGAUAGCGACAAUUUAAAUAACGUUGUUGCUUAGUGUGAUUAAUUUACUAUUUUUCAAUGACUUUUCCAGCCUUUUUAUAUUAUGUUUAUUUUGUUUGAAGGGUUGAGAUCGUAGACUGAUGAACUUAAAUCGGCUUGGGGUUCUUCCCUGUAUUUCUUCUAUGAAGUUGUACACCUUCCAAACCAAAACAUAACAUAUCCUUAUUAUUACUUACGAAAGUAGCUUACUACUUAGUAAACAGUUAAAAUUGUUUAAUUGCGGUCUACUAUAACGUGUUUACGUGUGUGUUUAUGUUAAAAUAACAAAAAUGUAAAUAAUUGAGCAAUUCAUUUAUAAUAUGAUUGUUUUAAAUGCCUUGGUUACAGUGUAGAUUAACAAGCUAAUAAGCUUUUUUGAACAAACAACAGAAGUAUUAUUAAAAUAAUUUUAAAUGUAUAGAACCUGUAGCAGCUUUUGUAUCGGUUAUUGAGCUGAGAACUGACACAUUUAUCCAUUUUGUUUAAGCUUUUUUAAUAUAAUUUGUAUGGUCCUCAAAGUUUUGAAUUUGUGAUGAAUAACCACCCCUGCACUCAGCUAUGAUUGCUGCAAAUUGCAAUGGCGUCCGUUUUCUUAAAAAGGUUUCUUUUUUGAUGGUUCACAUACGCACAGCAGCCAUCUUUAAGCAGAUGCGCAUUUCAAAAAGCCAUCAUUGUGCUUUUAACACAGUGCAUGGAUAAGUGUUAAAUUGUAUUUUCCGAUUUAUGGGCAAACAUUUUUAUCUUUCUUAAGCUACUUCUUUAAUUUGCUGAUCAUAAGUUUGAAAUUGCCAUUUUUUUCGAGGUUGCUUUUACCUGUGUAUAAUUAAUUUUGUGUAAACAGAUUAAAG